CAGAGAGGGGCUCUGCAGGAAGCUCUCAGCCAUGAAUGCGUGAGCGAGCAGGGAGACAGUAGCAGGGCGCGCAGCAGCCUGCAACAACCCACCUCUCCUCUGUCUGCAAACUUCAACCAACAAUCAUUGUGAUGUGCCCGAAUGGACAGCGCGAUGGAGUUUCAACUGAUGGCUUUGCCAUUUCAGGAAGUGGAUUUCAUGGAGAGAAAGGGGCAGUUUGAUUGGAUUAUACGUGGAUGAAAUGAAGUUUUGGGGGGAUUUAUAGAGGGGCUGUGGUUGGACUUUUCAUGCCAGGGUCCUGCAGAUUAUUGCAUUUUUCGAGAUUUAUAAAUGUUUUUGAAUGCUUUGAGAACAUUUUCUUAAAAGUGCACAGAGCAACAGCCUCCCCGUGUUAUGGAAAACCUCACCAUGGAUAACAUGACUGUGGAGAAUGACACGUCGGUGCACGGCAACCAGACCCUGGGCGUUUGGACGGACUACACAGUUGAAUACAAAGUGGCCAGCGUGUUUUUGGUGUCACUCAUAUGCGGUGUGGGCAUCGUGGGGAACGUGAUGGUCAUACUGGUGGUGCUGACCACCAAACACAUGCGGACUCCCACUAACUGUUACCUGGUGAGCCUGGCGGCCGCUGACCUGAUGGUCCUCACGGCCGCCGGGCUGCCCAACAUCACCGACGCCCUGCACGGGCAGUGGGUGUACGGCUACGUGGGUUGCCUCGGGAUCACUUACUUCCAGUACCUUGGGAUAAACGCGUCCUCCUGCUCCAUCACCGCGUUCACCGUGGAGCGCUACAUCGCCAUCUGCCACCCCAUCAAAGCGCAAUUCUUGUGCACUCUAUCCAGGGCGAAGAAAAUCAUCAUGCUGGUGUGGGCGCUCACUUCUGUCUACUGCGUCAUGUGGCUCUUCCUCUCGGACACUGAAAACUUGGUGUACGACAACGUGGUGCUGCUCAGGUGCGCGUACAAAGUGUCCAGGAGCCACUACCUGCCCAUCUACUUCACAGAUUUCGCCGUGUUCUACGUGCUGCCGCUCAUGCUGGCCACGGUUCUGUACGGACUGAUCGCCAGGAUACUUUUCCUCAACCCGCUGCCGUCAGACCCCAAGGACAGCACUUCCAAGAAGUGGAAGAAGGAGACGAGUCAGGGAGGGAGGAUGAUCAGCGCCAGUUCCUCCAGCAGCACCACGGCUGCCUCCCGCAGACAGGUGACAAAGAUGCUAGCUGUGGUGGUGAUCCUCUUCGCCUUGCUAUGGAUGCCCUAUCGGACCUUGGUGGUGGUCAACUCCUUCCUGGACAAGGCCUACCUGGACACCUGGUUCCUCCUCUUCUGCCGUCUCUGCAUUUACCUGAACAGCGCCAUCAACCCCGUCAUCUACAACGCCAUGUCCCAGAAAUUCCGUGCCGCUUUUAAGAAGUUGUGUCACUGCGGUCCUCAGCGCAUGGAGAAACCUGCCUGCCACAGUGUGGCGCUCACCUACAGCGUCAUCAAGGAGACGUCCAACGGGGAAAGUCCCGACCACUUCACUACGGAGAUGGAUGAGCUACACACGCCGUCCAAUCACUACCUGCCUGCCAGCAUCCUGCCAAGUGCCAAGAAGAUGCCGUACGAGGAGUCCUUCUUGUCGGGCAGAGAUGUCAAAGCCUGAUUAGGAACAAAUGUCUCACCUGAAAAGGAUAUGAGAGAUCCUGACAGCCACAGUGCAGAUUCAGUCAUGUUUUAAUUAAAAGUGCACACAGACACAAGAUGUUCUCUCUCGCAAAUCUUUAAUUUGACAAGCCCAUUUGCCAUAAGCCAUUAAGGGGGUAUUGAGAUGAGCUGCCAUGUACUGCAGCGUGUUAGAGGACAGUUAACUGAUAUGUCUAUAUAGCAAAGAAAUGCAGUUCUCAUGAGAACAUCUUCCUGUGUCUACAGGAAAAUUAUUAAUGCAGGAAGUGAUGCACCCAACCCCUAUAUGACACGGCACAGAGACACAUUUUGUACAAACUUACUCAAAGCUAAGAUAAACUUCCAUGAUAGCAGUUUGUUUGGCAGCUGUGUGAUUGGUUGGAGUGUAGCAGACUGCCUUGUCAUCCUUUCUUCUUCUUUCACUCUAAACAGAGCCAGACUAUUAAAUCAGACACUACUAUAGCAGUCACAGUCAGCAGCAGGAACACUGGCUGUAAUUGAAAAUUCUGCAAGAUAUCGACUGAAUCCUCAUGUCGUUAACAAACCUUUACAGCGAGUGUCAGUUCACUGAUCAGCUGCUCGGCUUGCAGUUUGAAUGUUUGUUCACGAUCACCAUUCCCAUAGUGCCAGUUUCAGUCAAAGGGAGCUGGUUACAAUAAUAAAAAAAGCACCACUCUACACAACCUACUCAGCACCACCUAACCCUACCAUAUCUCUAAUUCCCAGAUAAUACCAAAUAUACACUUUCUGUUCAUCAGCAGUCUAACUAUUGCUACUGCUAUGGAUGAUAACCUCUCUAUCUUGGAAAGUCAAAUGGGCUGUAACAUGGCAAACCACUAAGUUGGUAGGCUAGUUCAGCUACAUCACUGAUGGUAUCUGAUUCCACUUCAUUCAUUCUCUUCCUCUCUGCUCAACUUUUUCAUUUUCAUCCUACUUGCCACAUCUGCCCCCGAUUUAAGUGACUCUCAGAUCACCUUGUGCUCCUGAUGUGCUGCCUAAGUGUGAUAACAGCUAUUCACAUUCAUGGUUGCUGUGAUGGUUGAGCUUCCAUUAUCUGUUCAGCUGGUUUUACUAACCAGCCUGCUCCCGGAAGGGGGCUUAAACUAAGUCGGAACAGGCCGCGUCCUUUCCAUUAGCUUGUAUUCAAACCCAAAUAAUCCAACUUCUGCUUGUUGAAAGACUAGCAGCAAAAUAUGUGCUGUUUCAGCAGGUCAGUUCAUUUGUAGACCAGUUGAUUUGCGGCAGGAUGUCUUUGAGACAGGAGUGCACUAAGGAAGAAAGUUCCAAAUAUCUAUUUUUAUGUAUAAGAGCCAUCACGUUGGCAAAACUUUGUAACAGUCAGCUAAACUGCACCUAUGGGUCUGCCAAGCUGCACAGAUUGUAAGUGUUGCAUUGCCUAAAACAAAAAAAUAAUUUUAAAGAAGAAGAUAAGCACAGAAUGGUGCAUCCCCAGAUUAUUUGGAUGCCCUGAAGCUCCUAUUGAUGAUACGAACACUGUCAAGCAUUGGAACGUCUAACAAUCAAGCCAAUUUUCUUUCAUAAGUUUCUUUCAUAUAUCUCCUUUUACCAACUCCAAUGUUCACAGAUUGUCCCUAGAUGUAGCAAAACUCCCUCCUCUUUGUUCCCCACCAGGCACCAUGUAAUUGAAAUGAAUCCAAAUGCACUACACCAUGACAUUUUAAUCUUCCUACUAGAGGGAACGCACAGAUAUAGAAUUACAUGACCUUUCAAGAAAGUCCAAGCAUACAAAGGGGCAGAUAUUACAGGCACCCACUUAAAGCUGCUCUUUCAAUUUAAAAUCACCUGUGCUCUAACGAUUACUGCAGGGACUUCAGUGACGGACACGCCAGAGUUUUAUGUUGCUUUGGUCGCUAUGAAGACGGCCACUGUGGACUCAUUGUAGACAGCCUGUGAAGGUCAGUGACCAGUGUAUCAUAAUGACAGAGAAACGCAUACCUCACACCAUGAACACAAGAGGCUGUUCAUUGCAGGGUCUGAUAACUGUUGUGGCAGUAAUUCACUGAAAUUGCCUGAGGCUGCAGAAUGCAGCACUUUUCAGUGAUUUAUUUAAACCCCUCGGAGCGAUGAUGGAAUCUGUUGAUAGAUUGCAACAAAGUGCCAUACAUGAUUUGGUACAACCCACAGUAUGUAUAUAGCUCACUGUGCUAUUAAAGGAAGAAUUUUCCACCAUUUAUUUGAGCUUCUUACGGUGUAUGUGUAAAGCAAGGAACACUUAGAGGGAAUGAAUACUGAGUGAUCUCAAUGAAAGGGACCAGUUUCAUACUGAACAGCAGGCUUUUGUUCAUAUUGUAACGUUGCUUGAAAUUGAUUGUGCAGUGCAAUGUGAAUUUCAUUCAGUAUUGUGUUUUUUUAAAUGUGUGCCAGCAAAUGCAUUAGUAAAAAAAAAAAAAAAAGUAGCUCUGUCUUGAUACAUUGUUCCAUCAGCGUGUUUGCCAUCAUUUCACACCAGUUGGCGGAAGCUAAUCUCCAAAGUGAAUAGGUGACAAAUAAAAGUGGUUUGAGAACUGCACUUUGUGAAACACCUCUCAUCUAUACACUUAAAUGAGUUCUUCCCCAUUCACACCUUUGUUCCGUUGAAAGACAGUUAAUUUUUUGAUAAAUACCAGUCAGCUGUGAUGGAGGUGUUUUGUGUUCUGCACGGUGCACAGUUGGCAGCAUGAACACCAGCUUUUGUGAUGUGAAAACAGGACCCGAUACCUGACACGUUUCCACCUGAGGCGACGUUGUGUGUGUGCGCACAUUCCUGUCACAAGUUGGCUUGUGUUUGCUCUUGCCGUUUGGUGGAUUGUUUUGUAUUUUGUAUUGUUCUUUGUCUAUAAUAAACAGGUGAUAGUCGU